AUGGUCGCAAUACCCACCCUCUCUCUCCUAUUGGCCCUGGCGGAGUGGGCAGGACCGGUCACGCCUUCCCCACACCUGUUGCUCCGCCCCCGGGAGCGGGAGAGAGACCCGGGGACAAUAAUGAACUUCAACAUCGCUGUGAUCCACGCGGGGGCCAGCGUGCAGGUAGAGGCGGCGGCCGGGCCCGGGGGAAGGGUGCUCUACCCUGGGUUUGGCCGGGCACACAGCUCCCUGGGGGAGAGCGUGAUCACCCAGUGGGGCUCUGCUAACGUCAUCUGGCUCCAGGUGAAUGACAGUAGUCCUAAGACUCUGCUGUCCCAGCUGUGUGACCUGCUGUCAGCGAGGCCCCUACAGGGCCUGGUCUACGAGGAGGAGAGGCCACCACCCACCGCCUGGGGACCCCUGGCCCCCAUGUUAGAGUUUGUCUCUGCUCAGACUGGACUACCCAUAGUGGCUGUAGGAGGAGGAGCAGGGCUGGGGAGGAUGCAACAGGUAUGGAGAACUUUAAGGUGUGCUCCCCUACUGCAGGAGUCAGGCUCCAUCUUCCUCCAGUUCAGCUCAUCCACCAGCCUCCAGCUGGAGGUCAUCUUCAAAAUACUAGAGGAGUAUGACUGGACCACCUUCUCAGUGGUGUCCACCCGUCACCACGGCUACCAGGACUUCCUGUCGGUGGUGGACGGCCUGACGGACGGCUCGUUCAUCGGCUGGGAGAAGAAGAGCGUGGUCAUGCUGAACGUGACGGACGACCCGGGAGGGGCACGCACGCGCAGGCUGCUCAAGGAGAACGAGGCGCAGGUACGUCUGCUCUACUGUUCCCAGGAGGAGGCCGAGCUGGUGUUUAAAGCAGCCUGGGCCGCGGGUCAGGCUGGACCCUCUCACAUGUGGUUCGCUGUGGGGCCAGCCCUGUCCGGCCUUGGCAUGGAAGGUCUCCCCAGGGCCCUGUUCGCCGUGCGUCCGCAGGGCUGGAAGGAUAAGCCCCGCAUGAGGAUCGCCCGGGGCGUGUCCAUACUGACCCACGGGGCGGUGGCACUGCGCCGCGACUAUGGGGCCUCUGGAGGGCCAAACUUUGUCACCAAUUGCAUGACGGAAUCCAAUCAAACACACAGGGUGCGGGGGAGGAUGAGGUGA